CUGGCCGGAUUCCUUCCCCGCCUGCGCCCGCCGCAAUCUCCACUAUUUCCUUGCCAGCUACUCCUUCGUCGUGGCCGCCGCUUGCGCCCUAUCCCUCCUCAUCGCCCCGUUCUCUCUCGCCCUCCUCUCCGUCAUCAUUGCGCUCUGGAUCCUCCUCUACUUGUUCAAAGAAGACCCUUUGGUGUUGUGGGGCCAUAGCAUAAGCGAUCGGUCGGUAUAGAUGUGGUAUAGAUGUGCUGAGAUCAGUUUUUGUUCUAGGCUCUGGUAGCUCUUAAUUGAGUGCUUUGUGCGGCAUGGUGGAGAAUUUGGUCAUCAGGUUCGGCGUUGGAUGCUUAGUUUGUGGGGUUCACGCAGUUUUCAGGAACUUUGAUGGACUGCACUUAGAAGAGAAUGAUGCUGUUUGCUAUGGUUUGCGGUAGAAUGGGGUGAAAAUAGUGGGUGUUGGGGAUUAAGUCGGCGGCGUGGAGUUGUGUUUGCGAAAUUGAAGGAUUUGGAGGAGUCGAGGAGGUGAGGGAGAUGGAGAUGAUUCCAGAAGGCUCGGAGGAGUUGAGGAGGCGAGGGAGAUAGAAAUGGAGGUGAUUCCAGAAAGGAACGAAAAAUAGUAGAGGCAGAGUGAAGAGAAACGACGUCGUUUUAAUUUGGGACUUCAAUUUUUUUUGAGAGGGCUUCUCAUUCCUCAUUUCUCCGCAUACUCGGAAGCGUAGAACCAACGAACUACCGAAUAACCAAAGAGGAGCUUUUCCGCCGGCAUCAAUGGCAACCACCAGUCAGGAGAAGCAGCAAGUUCACCAGCCCAAGCAAGCUCAGGACCCGAAGAAACUGGAGAAGCGAAAGCCAGUGUUCAUCAAAGUGGAUCAGUUAAAGCCAGGAACCAACGGCCACACCCUCAUCGCCAAGGUCUUGUCCUCUGAAAUGGUUCUGCAGAAAGGCCGGGCCGCCUCUCAACACCUCCGCCAAACUCGCAUCGCCGAGUGCCUCGUCGGCGACGAGACUGGAACCAUCCUUUUCACUGCUCGCAACGAUCAAGUUGAUUUAAUGAAGCCAGACACUACUGUAAUUCUUCGAAAUGCAAAGAUUGAUAUGUUUAAGGGCUCGAUGAGGCUGGCUGUUGACAGAUGGGGUCGCAUUGAGGUCACCGAUCCAGCUAACUUCAUAGUUAAAGAGGAUAACAAUCUGUCCCUUGUUGAGUAUGAGUUGGUUAAUGUGAUGGAUGAAUGAUAGAGAUCGUGCAUGGACCUCAGCUGAUUUGAUGAUAGAUUUAUGAAGUUAAGUGACCGUAUGAUCUACUCUAUCCUGCCCAUGAGAUGUUAUUAAACUACAAUUCUCAUGGUGAAAGUUUGGGUUCUGGUAUACAAAUCUUGCUGAUUGUUUGGUUGUUCUGCUUUCUACAGUGUUUAACAUCUAGUUGGAUAAGUUGUAUUGGAUGGGGUAUAAGAACAGCUGCUUUUCCUGAUAAAAUUCUGUUUGGAUAUUUCAAAGUGUUGAUAGUAAAAUCUUUCUACCUUU